AUGGGAUCCGGUCCGGGUGUCAACGGCACAGGUGCAAUCAGUGCUGGUGCGCAUGGUGUGGCUAAUGCUGCGGCUAAUGCUGCUGCUGGUGAUGUGGCUGCUGGAGCAGUCAAGAAGGGCAGCAGUGGAGCAGCAGCAGCAGCAGCAGCAGCAGCAGCAGCAGCAGCAGCAGGUUCAGCAGCAGCAGGAUCAGCCGCUGCAGGCCCCGAGGGUCCCACUUCUGUGGUGGACCUAUCCUCAUCACAACUCAAAUCCCAAGUGCUACGUGUGGGGGGCCUUCCUGCAACCACCCCUGUGCAAACCAUCAUCACCGCUUUCAGCAAAGUCGGCAGGGUUGGGCAUGUGGGUCUUUCAAGUGGAACCUUCCUCCUCACAUUUGACUCUGUCCGCACAGCCACUGUUGCCAAGCGCAUGAUGCAUCGGUCCUUGCUAGCAGGGCAUCAAAUCACGCGCAACCAGUCUCUCUGUCUCUCGCUUUCAAGCUUGUCCUCAGCGGCAGCCAUGGCUCGCGCGGCCGUGUUCAUCCUCGUUGCUCUGUCGCUUCUCGACGUUGCGUUAGCCGAGGUCGCAGCACAGGACGUGCUCGUUCUCGACGAGAAGAAUUUCAAAUCUACCAUCGACGAUCACUCAAAGGCAUACUUUAUCAAAUUCUUCGCACCGUGGUGUGGUCACUGCAAGCGCCUGGCGCCGACAUGGGCGGAGCUGGCAUCGGCGAAGGUGGCGCCGGAGGUGGUGAUCGCGCACGUGGACUGCACGGCCUCGCGCAGCGUGUGCGAGGAGCAGGAGAUCCGCGGAUAUCCCACCCUCAAGGUGUUUGUGAAGGGAGAGGGGAAGGAGAAGUACUCUGGUGGCCGGGACCUUCAGUCUCUGAGCACGUAUGUGCAGGAGGUUGCUGAGGAUUUCAAGGACUCAGUUGCUGCUGCUGAUGCAAAGGCAGCAGACACAGAGGCUGCAGCGUAA